AUGGGUGGAUCGGAAAGCAAAUUUAUGCAAGAAAUUGAAAUCGGCGAAGAGGUUCCCGAAUGCGCUGGUAUUCAUCGAAUAUGGUCCAAUGUUUAUCCGUGCAUGCAAACGCGGAAGUACAGACGAACUCUGUUUAUGAAAGAAUUCAGUGAAACUGAUACGUCUGAAACUCGUUCGUUUUAUGAAAAUGGAAUAAAGUUUAGAUUUGGAAAAUCAUUUAUUAUGUUACGGCAGUUGCGACAUCCCUAUAUUCUAAAAUAUAUUAUCAGUAAGAUGGAUGUAAAUGAAACUGCUUUACUAACUGAACGCGUGCAAAUGCUUGAUCUCGUAGUUGACACACAAACUCCGAUUGAAAUCCAUACGGGUCUUACAGAUAUUUUAAAUGCCGUAGUCUUUCUGCAUGAUAAAGCCAAAAUUUGUCACAAUAAUAUUUGUCCUUCUUCUAUUUUUACAACACUGGAUGGUCGUUGGAAAUUAGGCGGUUUUGAAUGUGCUCAGAAAACCGGUAGUAAUAGAUAUUGGGUGCAAAGCGAUUUUGUGCGUUCUGUAAAAUUUGCUGACUUCGCUCCACCUGAAGAUCAAUUAAUGCUUACUGCUGAUAUUCCACCGACUGCGCGUGAUGCUUUCGCCUACGGGAAGUUAAUUAUCUUUGUUCUGCCAUUUUUAAAAGGGCAUUUAAUUGAAGAAACACUUAUUUCCCUGGAGGAUGUAGCUUCUCGAUUGACCUCGAACGAUAGUAUUCGUCGUGGUGAACUGGGAAGUUUAUUUCAUUCUCAUUCAACAGCAUUUAUGAAUACACUUUCUAUCAUGGUCGAUUUUCUGCAAACAAUACAUCUAAAGUCAUCCAAGCAGAAGGAUGCAUUUUUCCAGACAAUUUGCAAUGAACUUCGGAAGGUGCCAUAUGAAGUCAUUGGUAAACGAUUAGUUCCACUUAUACUUUCACGUUAUGUAAUCCUUGAGGAUGGCGCACAUAAAGGCUUACUGCCAUUCAUCUUGGAACCUUGCAGUGAUAAUGAUUUGGAACUGAAAGGACUGUUACCGGAACAUUUUUAUAAAGUCACAGUUAUCCCUGAAAUAUUAAAAAUGUUUCAUGUACAUGAAACUUCCAUUCGUCUUGCACUUCUUGCACAUUUUCACAUAUAUAUGUACCACUUCAAUUCAGUUCAGUUGAAUGGUAUUGUUUUAAAAGAAUUAAAGUUGGGAAUGCAAGACGCUGAUGAUCGAAUCGUUAGAGCCUCAAUGCAUGCACUAACUUGUCUCGUUCCACUUAUUGGAGGUCCACAAGUUACUGGUUUGGUUCAUUCGAAAGUUUUUGCCGAUGGAAUUCCCAAAAAUAUUGAUCUCCAUUUGCCGAAAAUAGAUCAAGUUCUAUCAAUGCCAAAGAAAAUUUCGAAAAACAUUCUAGCCUCACCUAUUUCACCUCUGUCCCAGUUGUUGACUGAUGAUCUUGUUGACGAACCAAAUAUAAAGUUACAAUUGCUGACACCAACUGUUAAUUCUAACGAACCAUCGUUCAUGAAUGUUCAUCCAACGAAAAAUUCACUUGAUGAAGAAUGGUCAUUAGAUUGGGAAGAUAAAUUGGAUCUAGCUGAAUCAAAAUUAAAUUUAGAAACACACAGCAUUGCAGCCACAGUUACUUAUGGAAUACCUGAAAUCGAUAAGCAAAUUUUGAAGAAUAGUGAAGAAGCAGAACCUGACUAUUUCGUAGAUAUGGUGCCAGUUUUAAAAAAGCGGCCAUCAGUUCCAGUUGAACAGGAAAGUCAGCAGAAAAAGAAUGAAGAAGCGAAAUGGUCGAUGUUUUCGAAACUUUUCAUUCCCUCCCAAACUGUGCAUGAUAAUAAUGCAAGCAGUGUUGGUUAA